UGGACAGGAAGGGGUUAACGGCCAAUGUGAUUAUCCGGAUCUUGUGAUCUAGACCUGAGCCAUGAAUGAGUGCCUUUUAUGUGCAGUGAGCAGACUGCAUCUCAGCCGGUAAAGCUGCCUGAAAACCACACAUCGCGCUGCCAACGGAGCCCAGCUCUCCUGGGUGAACUGGAGAAGCUCAGCACUCUGAUCCUGGACUGCAACAGCUACUCGUCCCACGUCAAAUUCCCCUACAUGCCUAGUGUCACCACCGUGUGGAUCAACAAGAACAAGGUCGGCAACCUGCCCAUCUUCGUUGAGGAGAUCCGAAGCAAGUUCCCCAACAUCAAGAUUCUCAGCAUGAUGAACAACGAAUCAGCACCCAGCUACUUCAAUGGAGGGAGUCUAGACCAGUACAUAGACUACAGGCAGUAUGUGAUCAGUCAGAUCCCAAGCCUGAAGAUCCUGGAUGACACUGAGGUUUUGGAGAAAGAGAGAGCGCAGGCUAAGAAGACCUAUAGGAUGCAGAGGACCAGGGAAGGCAGCAAAAAGAGGAAGGAACUUCAACAUUAAACCCUCCAUAACACUGCUCCCUAUCGAACUGAACUUCAAAGAUUUAUCAAGAUGAGAAAAAUAAUCAUUGUAUAGAUAACUAGUUCAAGGCAAGUUAGCACAAUUUCAAAUAUAUUUUCAACAUGUUUAUCAAAAUUAAAAUGAGACUUAUCUUAUGACUUUAUGGUUGAGGGGAUUCUAUGCUGAAAUAUGGAAUUGUUUUAAGAUGGUCAUGCUAUGGAGUAUUUAGCUAUUUGAUUUGGAAUUUUAGGACCCCUUCAGGUACAACACGUAUUUGCUAAAAUAUUGAAUUUGGCCUUUACUACUAUAGCACAUAGAAAUACAUUGAAUAACACAUUCAUAAAUGGCUAAAAAGACAGUCAGAAAAUAAAUCAUUAGGAACAAGUGUCUGUCCUUUUUCUAAAAGAUAUAAGAAUGCUCAGGAAAUAUACAGUAUCAGUCUAAAGGUUGGACACACCUACUCAUUCAAGGGUUUUUCUUUAUUUUUUACUAUUUUCUACAUUGUAGAAUAAUUGUGAAGACAUUAA